AUGCAAGAAGUUAUUCCUUGGUAUGCCGACAUUGUAAACUACCUUGCUUCAAAGGAGUUACCAAGUGAUCUCACACAAGCACAACGGAACAAGAUUAAGCAUGAUGCUCGCCACUAUAUAUGGGAUGAACCUUAUCUUUGGAAGCAUUGUACUGAUCAAAUCAUUCGUAGGUGUGUACCGGAAUCUGAAUUUCGUUCCAUCCUUGCUUUUUAUCAUGCUUAUGCUUGUGGUGGACACUUUGGACCUAAGAGGACAGCUCGUAAGAUAUUUGAUAGCGGUUUCUAUUGGCCCACAAUUUUCAAAGAUGCUUAUGCUUAUUACUACGUGUCUAAAUGGGUGGAAGCGAUUGCAACUAGAACGGAUAAUUCAAAAACAGUAGUGGACUUCAUUCGCUCUAACAUUUUUGUGCGUUUUGCCAACGGGCAAGCGGAGGUUUCUAAUCGUGAAAUUAAAUUGAUUCUUGAGAAAACUGUAAAUCCAAACCGGAAAGAUUGGAGUACAAGGCUUGAUGAUUCCUUGUGGGCGUAUCGAACGGCAUAUAAAACACCUAUCGGUAUGUCACCUUAUCGGUUGGUGUAUGGGAAACCUUGCCAUCUACCAGUGGAGCUAGAGCAUAAGGCGUGGUGGGCUGUAAAGAAGUGUAACAUGGACAUGGUUGCUGUAGGACAACAAAGAAUGCUUCAAUUGCAUGAGUUAGAAGAAAUACGCAAUGAAGCAUAUGAGAGUUCGAAAAUCUACAAGGAGAAAAUCAAAGCUUUUCAUGACAAACAUAUUCUUCGGAAGAGCUUUGUGGAAGGUCAGAAAGUUCUCAUGUAUCACUCUCGCCUUAAACUCUUUCCUGGGAAGUUGAAGUCUCACUGGUUAGGUCCGUUCAUUAUUACCAAGGUUUUUCCUCAUGGAGCGGUCAAAGUUGUAAGUCCAAGUACCGGAAAGUCUUUCAAGGUGAAUGGCCAGAGACUGAAGCCAUACUAUCAGUCAAUGGCGGAGGAUGAGCAAGUUCAUGUGAUGUACCUUGAAGACCCAGUUUAUGUCGAUGAAGAUUGA